GUUUCCUAAUAACAAAAGUUUAAGAAGGAAGUUGAAAUUUUGCUCUUCCUAGUGGCCCUAUAUUUGGACGUUUGUGCUUGUCAGAGUAUAAUUGGGUAGUAAGUUUUCAAAGAGGGGCCGGGCUGAUAAUAAUUUUCUCAUAGAUCCCGACUCAUCAUAGAUCCUGACUCAUGAACCAAAAUGAACUUAUCCUCUUGUUCAGUUCCAUUCCAUUUCCAUCUCCAACCAAACUGAACCAGACAUUCUGAUCUGAGCCUUGUUUUGGUUAAACUGGUUUGUUGGUGCUAGAUAUGGAUGCAGCUGUAGGCAUCAUUUUGUCCCCGGCUUUGCAAGUUCUCUUUGACAGAUUGGCAUCUCCAGUCCUACAAGGGCUUGCUGAUAGAUUGGGUUUCAAUUACAACAUAUUCCAGAGCCUGCAGCAUGCCUUGGUGCGGGCUCAAGCUACUCUUGCAGAUGCAGAAGUGCAACAAUUCACCAACAAAACUGUCAGGCUUUGGUUAUCAGACCUCAAGAAUGCAGUUUGUGACGCUGAGGAUCUUCUUGACGUCUUUACUGCUAAACAAACCUGCAUGAUUGAUGAAGACUUUGGUGAGCAGACAUUAGACAGCUAUGCAGUUCUUACUGACAAAGUCAGAAAGAUACUCAAGAAGUUAGAAAUGAUUGUGGGUGAGGGAUCUUCUAAGUUGAAAAUUGGAGAUACCCAGCCAAUAUCAGAUCAACGAUCAGAUCAAAGGGAGACGAGCUCUUUCGUCGACUCAAGGAUUCAUGGACGAGAGGAUGACAAAGAGAAGUUAGUCAAGCUAUUACUGUCUUCUCAAACUAAUUACCAGGAGGGUUGUUCAUAUGCGACAUGCAUUCCAAUCAUCGGCAUCGGAGGAAUUGGUAAGACCACUCUUGCUCAAAUGUCAUAUAAUGAUGAGAGAGUUAUUCAACACUUUGAUGUUAGGAUGUGGAUUUUUGUCUCUUCUAAUUUCAAUAUCAAAAAGAUCAUGAAGACAAUUAUUUCAUCCUUAACAAGUGGUAUAUGCAAGUUGUCGGAGAUUGAGCUACUUCAGUCUCAGAUUUCGCAAUUGCUGCAGAAGAAAAGAUAUUUGAUUGUGUUAGAUGACGUUUGGACGGAAGACCAGGAUGAUUGGGACAAACUUAAACCUUUGUUUGGAGGGGGUGUUGAUGGAUGCAAAAUCAUUGUCACUACCCGCAGUAAAAAGGUUCCAUAUAUGAUGGACUUCCCAAAUUCCUCAAUUUGUUUGAACGGUCUGACAGAUGAUGAUUGCUGGGAAUUGUUCAAGCAACGGGCUUUUGCACGAGGAGAAGAAGAAAAGCAUCCAAACCUUUCGCUGAUUGGAAAACAGAUUGUCAGAAAAUGUGGUGGUGUGCCAUUAGCAGCAAAAAGUUUGGGAAGUUCAAUGCGCUUGAAAAGAAAUGAAAAGCAGUGGUUGUCUAUGCGAGAUUGCGAACUUUGGAAAUUAGACGAAAACCAACAUAAAGUUUUGCCUGCCCUCAUGUUGAGUUAUCAUCACCUGCCAUCUCAUCUUAGAGAAUGCUUUGCAUUCUGCUCAAUAUUUCCAAAAGAUUAUGAGUUCAAGAAGCAGAAGUUAAUUCAUCUGUGGAUGGCAUCAGGCUUACUUCUGCAAGAUGGAAGCAGGCGACCAGAAGACAUUGGUGAUGAAUACUUCGACGAUUUGUUGUGGUUGUCUUUCUUUCAAGAAGUAGAGAUUUGUGAUGGCAGCGGCUUAGUUGAAUACAAAAUGAAUGAUGUUAUACAUGAUCUUGCACGAUAUGUAGCAGGAAAUGAAUCCAUGAUGCUUGAACAUAGUGCAGCACAAAUUCGCCAUGCAUCCGUUGUUUACAAAUAUAGGGCGAUUGGAAUGCCAAAAGAACUAUUUGAAGCAAAACAUUUACGAACUCUCUUAUUGAUUGGAGAAUCCGGCUUGUUAAAUGGCAAAAGUAAAAUGUUUUCAAGUUUUGGAUACUUGCGUGCGCUAGACCUGAGCAGUUGUGGUGUUUCUGAUUUGCCAGAAUCAUUGGGUGGUUUGAUAUGUUUGAGGUAUCUUGACCUCUCUUACACACCGAUCACCAAGUUACCUCACAGCACAAGGAAUCUAUGCUAUUUGCAGACUUUGAAUCUAUUUGGUUGUCAGAAUCUUGAACGGCUGCCAAGCUUGGAAAUGAUGACCAGCCUAAGACAUCUCAAUCUAGUUGGAUGUGUAAGUUUGGCUUUUAUGCCUCUUGAGAUUCGAAUUUUGCACCAACUUCAGACAUUGCCAUUGUUUGUCGUCAACAGGGUUCCUGGGGCCCUUAAUACGCUGGAAGGUUUGAAUCUUUGUGGCAAGUUGAAUAUUGCCUGUUUGCAGAACGCAACAUAUGCAGCAGAAGCACAAUCAGCUGGGUUGAAGUCGAAGGAAAAUCUUGAGUCGUUAGGAUUAUAUUGGGGAUUAGAUUGCGGAUUUGGAGAUGUCUACGAAUCGUUUGGGAAGCCUAAAGCCCGACCUAAUGAAAUUAACGAUUAUAUUGCCUCACGAUCUGAGGCACCCCUACAACAGCAUGAUCCUGUGGAAGAAAUUCUUGAAGGGCUGCAGCCACACAAAAAUCUGAAAAAGCUAGUUAUAAAUGGGUACCUAGGAAUCAAAUUUCCUCAUUGGGCUCUCCCAAAUCUUACUUCCGUUGAUUUCACCAACUGUAAAAGUUGUGAACAUCUUCCAGCCCUUGGGAAUUUUCCACUACUUAAGACACUUUCUCUGAAUGGAAUGCAUGGCGUGAGGAGCAUCGGUACAGAGUUCUAUGGUGACGGUACGGACAUGUGGUUUCCAUCCCUCGAAGAACUAUCAAUUAGUGAAUUUUCAAACUUGGAAGAGUGGUCAACUGCAAAUGAUGCAAAUGCAUUCCCCAGAUUGAAGAAAUUUACUUUGAAAGGUUGUCCAAGGUUAGCACAUAUACCGUUAUGUCAGUCCCUUCAACAUUUGGAGCUGCGGGACUGUAAUCCAACGAUGAUGUCCAUAGCAAAUUUAAGUUUGCUUUCUGUGCUUGUUCUAGAAAAAAUUCAAGGCCUGGUCUCUCUGCCGGAAGGGCUCUUUGCAUCACCUUAUCUGUCUUCUUUACAGAUAUUGUCUCUCCCCAAGCUCGGUUCACUCCCUUCGGAGAUUGGAAAUCUCACUGCUCUGAAAUCAUUGACGAUUCGUUGGUGUGAUGAGUUAUCCUCUCUGCCACAGAGUUUAAAGAACCUCAAAACUCUGGAGUCGCUGGAGAUUAGUGACUGUCACAGUCUACUAACCAUGCCAGAUGGUGGAAUUGCAGGAUUAAGUUCCCUUCGAACUUUGUCCAUUGAGAAUUGUAGCCAUCUGACUUCUUUGUCAUCCAGUUUAGAACGUCUUACAUUCCUCGAGCACUUGACGUUUAUGUAUUGUCCAAACCUUGGUUCUUUCCCAGAGGGUGUGCAACACCUCUCCUCACUUCGAAGCUUCACUAUCUCGAACUGUCCUAUGUUUGAUUCUCUCCCAAGUGGGUUACAAAAUAGCCGGACGCUGCACUGCUUGGAAAUUAGUAGCUGCCCCAAGCUAGAUGCUUUGCCAGAUUGGUUGGAGAAUCUUGAUUCGCUCAGAUCUCUGACCAUAUCUGAUUGUCCUAAUUCAAGAGUAUUGCCAUCAGGUCUGAAGUCUCUCACUGAACUCCAGCACCUCUCUAUUCAAGAAUGUCCUGAGCUUGAGGAAAGGUGCAAACAAGGUAGUGGUGAGGAUUGGUUGAAAAUAGCCCAUGUCCCAUAUAGGUACAUUGGACCAUCCGGCGAGGCAAGCACAUCGGGCAACUCUUAGUUUGGAACAUUCGUUCAGUAUGAAACUUUUAUUUCAUCUUCAUCCUCAAGAGUGUUAUUGUUAUAAUAAUCAUCAUCCGUCCUGGUGUUUUGUGUGGUGUGGCCCUUUUGCUUUGUUUAUAUUGUUUUUUAGAUGAAUGGAGUGUCCACAAAGUUUCAAUAUUUCCUUUUGCUGUAAAUUGCAGUUUGGGAUUUCUAUAUUCCUAUGUGUGCACACUGGCUGCUUUGAGAUCCUCUGGUUUUGUACUUAUAUCAUCUUGAUAAAAUCUGUGUGUUUUUCAUUAAUAUUACCAGUCCAAUUGUAUGCUUUCUGAAUUUUAAA